AUGCAUCUCGAACUGGUGGCACAGCAGAUAGAUGCUUUGGUAGUUGCGAUCAUUGCAAAUCCCAGUGAAUUGGUUCGAGACCUAACUCGACACUUCCCCGAAGGUCUCCUAUCCUUAUACACUCCAUCAGUGAGCGAACGGUUAGAACAGGCCCCAAAACUAUCCCCAUACCACUGGGUGGACCAUUGGGCCAAGACCAAUUCGAGCUGGCCGGCCUUGGAAGUCAUUGAGUCUAUCAAUGACGACGUGAUUAAGUCUCGAACAUGGUCAUACGAAGAGCUUGCGCGAAAGUCAAACCACAUUUCUUCUUGGCUGGCCGCUCGGGGCUGGCGCAAUAGCACGAUCGGCGUUUGUCUUGGUCGCUCUUUCAUGGCAUAUGCGAUAGUGUUAGCGAUCUGGAAGAGUGGAAACUGCUACAUUCCCAUCGCAGAAGAUUUGCCAGAAGCCCGUCGUGUGCUUCUACUCAGUGACAGUGGUGCCACGGCUUUAUUCUCUGACAAGGAGGCCCUGGGUGACGUUGUUCCUCCGGAGGGGUGCGAGGUAAUUGACAUCAACAGCGUCACAUUUCACGAUGGGAUUAAUAGCAUUGAUGAAACAGUUGAAGUUGAUGUAAAUCCAUCCGAUAACUGUUAUCUUCUUUACACCUCCGGUUCCACGGGUCUACCGAAGGGAGUUAUUGUCACGCGUGGCAACCUCUCCGCCUUCACCGAGGCCCAGUCCGAAUAUAUCUGUCGCCAUGUGCCAGACACGCUCACACUGGGAGGUAAGGGUAGCUAUCUGGCUCACGCUAGCCGGGCCUUUGAUGUUCACAUAUGCGAGAUGGUGCUGGGCUGGCGACAUGGGCUCCGCCUCGUGACAGCGCCGCGGACUAUGUUGCUCGAUAACUUGCGUCUGGUGCUUACCCAAUGCCGCAUAUCGCAUGCUGGGUUUGUGCCCUCUUUACUUGAGCACACUGGCAUCAGUGCUGAGCAGUUACCCGAUCUUCGAUACCUUGGAGUGGGUGGGGAGAAAAUAUCCGAGACUAUUAUUGAGCGCUUCGUUGGAAAGCCAUUAAUAGCUGUGGUCAACGCAUAUGGGCCGACAGAAGUGACUAUUGGCUUGACGAGCCAUACAGUAACGGCCUCUUCAACAGUGCGAAAUAUCGGAUCCGCAGUGGGUAAUAUAACCCUUCAUGUGCUUGUGCCAGGGACCAAUGAUUAUGUCAAGCGAGGCCAGGCAGGCGAACUUUGUGUUACGGGAGACCUAGUGGCAAAGGGAUAUCAUGGAAGACCCGAUGCAAAAGGGUUUGUCAAUUUUCAAGGACAGCAUAUGUACCGGACGGGGGAUAUCGUGCGUCUCAUGGCAAAUAACUGUGUUGAAUAUCUGGGCCGACGGGAUAGCCAAGCCAAAGUCCGUGGCCAACGUCUGGAGCUUGAAGAAGUAUCUAUCGCUGUCCGCCGAUGCGCUGAUCGUGAAGUCAACGUCACAUCAAUAGUGACACCGUCCCCAAUCACAAAGCGACCCCAGCUUAUAACUUUCAUUAGCCCUUCCAGCGGCCGACCGGAGGAUGUCUCUAGACAACCCGAGUUCAUUAGGGAGGAAUACCAGAGAUGGAUUCCACAGGUUCUGGAACGCUGUCGCCAGCAAUUACCAGUCUAUAUGGUCCCCAGUGUUCUCCUCCCAGUCAAUUUCAUACCCGUUCAGAUAUCGGGCAAAGCAGACAACCGCCGCCUAGCAGCCCUGUAUGAAAGCAUUCCCCCAUCAGACCUCCUGCACGAACCGAAUGGGUCCACAGUUGCAAUUCCCGGACUUGGUGCGGAACAGGAAGAUGAUCGCUUGACAGCGGACGAACAGCAGGUUUGCGAUAUCGUUUGCUCGAUCGCAUCGGCAGAUCCCAAGCCUGUCACAAAGUCAACCAGUAUCUUCCAAUUGGGAAUUGAUAGCCUCAGUUCGCUGAACCUAGCAGUGCAGAUGCGCAAGUCUGGCUAUGUUUGUUCUGCAGCCGAUAUUCUACGUAAUAACACAAUCGUGCAAUUGGCAGCCUUACCCAGAUGUCAUGAUAUCUCAGGCAAAGAUUUCCAGGGGCAUGUAUCGGAAGAACAGUUCGCCGAGGCCACGCAACAGCUACUGUGCGUUGACUAUGAGUUCCGGCAGUUGCAGAAGCCCAUUCUAAACUCCUCAAUAGCUGUUGUGCGGCCAUCUCUGCCUCUUCAAGAAAGCUUGGUUUCCAUUUCCAUGGAUAGUUCAGCUCCGCUGUACGUCAAUCAUAUAAUGUUUCGGUUACAACCAGCGAUUUCGCUUGAGGCGCUAAUACUGGCAUUUGAGGAUUUGUUCCAAGAGAAUGAAAUCUUCCGCACUUGCUUCUCCAUUCUCAAUGAUCGCGUGGUUCAAGUAGUUUUGAAACCUCGAGUGGCUCAGAUAGCCUUGGAUCAGGUCACAGUCUCGGAUGAAGAAGCUGCUCGGGGUUUUUUCACGAAACGUCAGGCUUAUGUUGCGUCCAGUAUCAUAAGUGGUCUCGAGAUACAGCCCCCAAUUCGUCUCAUCACUGCUUCAUCAGCAGACAGCAGUCACCCUGGAUGGCUGAUGCUAUCCAUUCAUCAUUCUAUCUUUGACGGUGCUAGUAUAGACAUGCUCCUUAACCGGCUUUAUGAUCACUACUCGGGAGAAACGCCCAUUAAUUGUAUCGAUCUCACCCCUCUUUACUGUCACUUUAUGACCGCCACCGCAGAAGAGGCUGAGAAAUACUGGGUCCGCUACCUCGCUGAUUGUCGCCCUGCCAUUGCCCUGACAGAGAACACGAGCGCUACACCGUAUCGCAUAAUCACGAAGAAAUUACCAUUCAAGCUAGCCGAGCUCUCCAGCCUCGCCUCCAAGAUAUCUACAACUACGCCGCUUGUUCUGGAAACAAUCUGGGGCAUUGCGCUGGCUAAGCUCCUGGGUCAAGCGGAUGUUAUAUUCGGUCGGGUGAUGAAUGGGCGAUCCAUACCGGUGGAUUUAGUAGAGAAAAUGCUGGUACCACUUGUAGCCACCGUUCCAACUCGGCUUCGCCUUUCAUCUGGUGCAGAAAGCCUCGUUGGGCUUAUCCGAACACAAACUCAAGCCAGUCUAGAGUCCUUGCCCCAUCAGCAUACUCCUCUCCGCGCUAUCCAGCGAUAUGCCCAGGCCCCGGGGCCAUUGUUCAACUCAAUGUUCUCCUAUAUUGCCACGGGCCCCAGUGCUGCCGACCGUUUAUUGCAAGAAAUAGACAGCGUUAUGGAGGUAGAUUACCCUCUUGCGCUAGAGGUCAGAGCGGAUAAGGAGACUGACGCUGUCACGCUGCGUUUGAGGGUUGUUAGUGAUCCAUCAUUGACUGAAAAUGCUGAGAGUAUGAUCAGUACAAUUCUGAUCCUGCUUCAAAGCCUCUUAUCGAAUGAAGAUGCAAUUAUUCAUGAGCCGGAGUUGGUUCGAUCUCAAGAAAGAGAACAACAAACAUGGGACGAAAAUCAUUGGACCGAAGAUGAAAUAGCAAUCCGACAGCUUGUUUGUCAGAUUACCGGUUUACCUGAAUCUCAAAUCUCCAAGAACAUAUCCUUCUUCGCCCUGGGAAUUGAUUCGGUUAUCUCCAUUCGACUUGCUCGCUCUCUGAGGGAAUGGGGUCUGCAGGUGUCUUCAAGCGACAUCUUGAAGUAUGCAAGCGUCGGGUCACUGUAUAAUCACGUCCAAAUUCCUUCUAACCCGCCAUCUGUACCCAAACUGGCAGAGACUACGUUGAACUUGAAUGCCGACAUCAGUCUUUUUAAUGCAGACGACUCCAUUGAAGAAGUCUAUCGCUGCACGCCAUUGCAAACAGCCAUGAUCGGGCAAUGCUUAAGCAGCCAAGGCAAGGAUUAUGUCCAUCAUCACGUCGUGACUUUAGAGGAUUCCAUUGAUCUUGACCGUCUCCAAUGUGCGUGGGAAGAGCUUGCUGAGCAGGCUGAUAUACUCCGCACCUCGUUCCACAGACCCGAAUCCAGCCAUGGAUUUAUAGCUGCGGUCCACAAAUACCCCUUGGUGGAAUGGUCUCACUGCCCAGAGGAAGCUUCAUUCGCUAGAGCCAUUAAACAACUUUCCGAACAAACAACCUAUCCCGAGAUGAAGCAUUUCCAUAAGCCACCCUGGAGUGUUACAAUCCUACAAAAAGGAUUCCAGAGGCUGAUGGCUGUGUCCAUGCAUCACUGUCUCUACGAUGGCUUUUCUCUACCGCUUCUGUUUGGGUCUUUGGAGAAGAUCUAUCAAGGACUAAAGAUUACCAUCGGGACAUUCGCGUCUGCUGCUCGGACAAUUGCAUAUAUUCAGGAGAAUUCCUCCCAAUUGUGGAUUAAUAUGGUUACGGGCUACCAAUCUGCCGGACUACCAGCUUCACCAGAUUCGCAUCUCGGAUCCCGAGCACAAUGGGCCGAGGUAAAGGUCCAAACACCAGUCAUUGACCUUCUUCGCCAAUGUGGCUCCCUUGAAGUUACUCUACAGACCGUUGCAUUGCUAGCCUAUGGAAGAUCAUUGGCGCUCUUACUAGGCCAGCGAGACGUUGUAUUUGGCCACGUCGUGUCUGGACGCGCGCUAGAUGUCGAUGUCACGGCGCCAUUAAUCGGCCCUCUUCUGAAUACCGUGCCAUUCCGUCUAACCCUUGAUCCGAUUCUUCGGAGCACCCGUUCAGUCCUGAAGCAUAUCCAACAAUUUUGCGCAGAAUCCCUGCAUCACCAGCAUGUGUCGUUGAGUGAGGUCCAAAACGCAUGGCGUGUAAGAAGCCGAAGUGCCAGCCUUGCUCUGCUCGAUGCCCUUUUCACGUUCAACAAAACCGAAACCACAGAUACCACAUCCAUUUUUCAGCCGUAUCAUUCAGAUCAAGAGCCUUCGUCUCCUCACUACAAAUUGAAUGUUGAAUUUGAGCAGACCCCCGAAUCGCUUUUCAUCCGGGUAUCUUGUCGUGAUCUUUUCAAUGGACAAGGCGAACUGCAGGGUUGGCUUGAGAGCCUGGCUCAGAAUAUUGCUGAUAUUGUCGCGUCACCAGAUGCUCCAGUAUUGAGCUUCCCAGCCAAUCUUGGUGCUCUGCCUCUUCAUACCUCACCCUUGGAGACACUGACUGAAGAGGGUACUGACGCCUCAGACUCCGCACACCACAUCGAGAUGAUCAAGGAGAUUCUUGGAAGGGUUACAGGGACCCCUGUCGAGCAAAUCCAGACGAACAGCAGCAUCUUUGCGCUCGGGGUUGACUCUAUCCUAGCGAUAGAUAUCAGUGCAAGGUGUCGAGACUCUGGUCUUCAACUGUCUGUAGCCGAUGUUAUCCAGGGAAAGACAGUUCAAGGUAUCUCAAGUCUUGCUGCUAAGCGCCUCCUUACAUCUUCGGAACCAGCAGUAACUGUCACUGCUCCUAAGUUUAUCGUUGACUCCCAAUCAAAAGCUAAGGCACUGGAGGCGCUAUGUCUGACAGACGCUGAAGUCGAGAUCAUAUUACCUUGUCUCAGUGGUCAGCUCUUCUAUAUCUCGCGGUGGCUUGAAAGUGGCUGUCGACUGUGGGAAUUCACAUUUGCCUUCAAGAGCAGAGUUCGGCUUGAUGAAGAACAAUUCAAGCAUGCUUGGAAUCUGUUACAACAGAGACAUGGUAUCCUUCGCACGUCAUUUGCCGCUGUAUCCAGGAGUGAGGUGGUGCAGGUGGUAUUUAAGCCUGCCAAGUCAGGCAGAGACGUCCUCGUCGACAGUCAGUUACAUGCUGAAAAUAUCCAGAAUAUACUAAGGGACUUGUUCCAGGACACUGCCGCGGCUCCGUCCAAUCUACUGACACCACCAGCCAGAAUUCGCCUGGUGCAAUGCCACGACAACGAUGUCAUUCUUCUCACCCUUCACCAUGCGUUAUAUGAUGCCUGGUCAAUUCCAAUCUUGGUGAAAGAUCUGGAGGCUCUAUACAUCAACGCCCCUCUCCCAGAACCAACCGAGUUCUCUUCCUUCAUUCACCACGCACAGCGUAAACCCGAUCUAUACUGGAGCACAGCCCUCAGCAAUGCUAGUCCCACAGUCUUGGGCUCCAAUGUCUUUAGUGCGUCAAGUUCGCUAGAUAUCAAGUCGUCACAUGGCCUUUUCCCUCAAAUUCUCCGCAAGGUCGAGGCUCUAUGCCGGCAGAAAGGGACCUCCAUGCCCACGCUCAUUCUUCUCGCCCUCAGUCGCAGUCUAGCACGCAUCGCAGACGCCACGAACCCAACUUUCGGUCUAUUCCAAGCGGGCCGCUCGAACGAUUUCCCGGAAAUACACAGCAUAGCCGGCCCAACAGUGAACAUGUUGCCAUUUGUUGUACAAGAUGUACUUUCAUGUCCUGUUUCGGAAUGCGCCCAGGCUAUUCAACGCGAUCUCGACGAUCGUACUCGCCAUGACCAGACGGACCUUCGUCAGCUUCUAAAGACAUAUGGAUCUGAGCUUCAGUUCAACGUCCUUGUUAAUAUUGUUUGGGGUAAACUUGAAAGCGGUACUAGUCAUGAGUCCGGAGACUCGAUUUUCACCCCUUUUGCGAUCGAUAUUGAUGAUGGAAUUAUCAAUGGGCAGGCGUAUUCUGGAGAAACCUCCGUUGAUGCCUUGGACUGCGACGAGCUGCCUUGUAAGAGUAAUGCGAUGCUGGAGGUGAGACACAGUGAGGCAGACGAUGCGCUCGUGUGGCAGAUUGAUUAUACACUGGAUUUGAUGUCAGUUCACGAAGCAGAGAACUUCUUGGGGGUUCUUGAAAAGGAGGUUGAGGAAGUUGUUGCAUCCCUUUGA